AUGUCGGCACACAACCCGAAGGCGGUGGCGGCCAUUCCGGUAGCCGUAAUACCGCCUGGCAUCCGCCGCGCCACCCUUUCCAUGGAGGCACACGAACGGAACCACCUGGCUAUCGGCAUGGGGGGGGAGAAGUACUUGGUAGUGCAUCCAACGUACUCGCUGGCGCCGCACCUGUACCGCCGCCGCUUGCUUGGUGCAGUGCUGCAGACGCUGCUGGAGAUGGCCGUUUUCCUUUUCGCGCUUCUAGGCUUGUGCACGCCAUGCAUCAUUGUGCACCAACGGAAAUACUUCGCCUUGCUGGGCGGCUACGGCGGGCCUAUGACGGAUCCCCCCGGGCGAAACGUGCCGCUGAUUGCGUGCUCGGUGUUGAUGAUCGUACUCUUCGGCUUUGCGCUCAUCGUCUCUGUUACCGUGGCGUGCUGCUUGCGAUGUGACCAGCGCGCGCACGUGAGCGAAGAAUUGUUCAACCGGGAACUGCUGGAGCUGUACGGCGCGCAGGUGCACGAAGAUGGUCGCGUGCACAGCGCUGGUGGUGAGCCGAGCGUUUUGAAAGACGAGGGUAUGUGGGGCCCGUGCUGUGGGUUCGAGGCGAAUGAGCGGUCACGACGGUCGAGAAACACCGGAAUCUCGUGCUUGCAGUGCAUCGUGGUAGCCGCCGGCCUGAUCCUGGAGGGCGUCGUUGUGUACAACAUGAGGUGGAUGUACGCAACUGCCGUGGCGAGCGGUAAGACCGCCACAUAUGAGAACGGCUUCUUCGUUAGCGUCUUCGCGUUGGUGUUGAGAAUAUUUCAGCUUCUCUUUUACUGCUACAUGGCAUUCCAUAUGCUGUACAUGGGCUUCCGUCGAGGCAUGCCGCGGUGCCAGCUCAUCCGUGCGUCUGGUAGUCGCGCAGCUGGUAUUCUUUCGGCCCAUGGAGAAGGUGCCAGCUGUGAUGAACAGCGUGCAAAGGCCGACUCGGAGAGCGGCUAUCCAUCCAAGCCGCGGUACAGCGCUGUUGACAGGGAAGGCGAUCGCGAGAUGGAGCACAUUCCGAGCGCGUGCACCACGCUCAAUUCCUGUUCAUGA